AUGUCACAUAGAGUUUGUGGAAAUUUCCCACUUACUGUUAGUGCAAGAUCAUCCGCAUACGCAAUACCCUUACAGCCACCCCCUUCCAUGCCACAAAGCAAUAUUAAACCUGAAAUCAAGCACUAUACGUUAUUCGUUAUAGCUUUCGAUUUAUCAAAAGAACAAAAACAGAAUUUUGGAGAUGACAUCACCUCACAGUUACGCCUAGCCCGAAAAAAACGAUGGAGUUUGCUAGAAGAAAAGCGCAUAUGUCAUGAAAUCGAAUUACAAAGUUAUUUAAAUAAACUCAUGAAAGAAGAUAUGGAUAGGCUUUUGGAAGGAUUGAAACUUGAUGACAAUGUGACCGAUCAUGAACUAAGAGAGAAGCAGCAGGAAAUCGAGCAGCAGUGCGUAAGUAUUACCUGUUCAUAGUCUUACUUUAACAGUGCAUAAAUAAUAAUAUAUUGAAAAAAGAAUACGGCUAUAUAUGUAUGUACAUAUGUAUAUGGUGAGUUCCACAACAAAACGCAAUAGUCUCCUAGAUAAUGAAUAUAAGCUAGCUGUCUAUUUCUAAAUAACAUGUAGUAGGGACACUAAUUAUUACAACCCCGACUGAACGAAACAGAAGACAAAUGGAAACUAUAAGUAACCGUACAUAACACUUGUUCAUCGACCACAACCCGAGCUGACAACCACCAUUAAACGGAGAUACUUAAACUAUAAACUUUAGCCGUCAUCGAUUCGCCACUUCUCGCUCGCUACGUUUGGGUUCCGGUCGCUUAAA